AUGACUAGAGUAAAAGAUAUCGUAGAGGAAAGUAGGAAGAAACAUAGGAAUUCGGAUUGCCUUCUGCAGCUUCCUCAUGCGGGUGUUUUGGAUGACCUCAUGUUUCAGGUCAAACUCCCUCUCUUGUGUCCUGACAUAGUACAAGGUUUUGGUAUCAAACCAAUUUCUGGCCUGACGCUCUUGAUCCUGCGUUUAGAAGAGCUUUGCGAUUCGACAGAGGAGAUCUGCCUCGAUGUGCCAGAUGAGAAGGCUAGGGAAGAGAUUUUAUCUGUGUGUACGCGCCACCUUUCACUUGACAGCAAUUUCGACUGUGCAAGGAUUGCUCGCUUGACUUCCGGAUUCGUUGGUGCGGAUUUCCAUGCUUUGGCCAAGAAGGCUGGUAUCGUGGCAUCCAAGGAAAUUGGUCCUGAACUUCUGAGCAAAUAUGUUGGAGACACCGAAAAGGCAAUUAGGGAGUUGUUCAGUCGUGCUAGGAUGGCCUCACCAUGCAUAAUCUUCUUUGACGAGGUGGAUGCUUUAACAACAAAACGUGGAGAGCAAGGUGCUUGGGUUGUUGAACGACCUCUGAAUCAGUUGCUCGUCGAAUUGAGUGGCGGAAAACAACGAGAAGGUGUAAUUGUGAUUGCUGCUACAAACAGGCCGGACAUGAUGGACCCUGCUGUACAAAGGUCAGGCAGGUUUGGGAGACAUAUCUAUGUAUCUCUCCCAAACCCUGACCAGCGUUACUCGAUUUUGAAAUCACUAGUGAGAGAUAUUCCAAUCGAUCUGAGUGUCGAUUUGUGA